AUGCAUUAUGCUUUUUUCUUUCUUAUAUAUAUUUUUUAUAUUAUAUUUUUGCCAUCGUAUUCUAGAGGAUUUAUUACUCCUCAGAUAAAAAGGCUUAAUUGUGUAUUAUAUGCAGUAAAAAGAAAAAAAAAAAAAAAUCCGAAACUGAUUCAUAUUACUGUAAGUAGUGACAAUGAGAUAGGAAAGAAAGGAGAAGUAAAACAAGUAAAAUUAUCUCAUGCCUUUAAUUACAUUAUACCUCAACGACUUGGAUAUAGAAGUACGACUGACGAAUUAGUAGAAAAAGAAAAAGAAGACAACACUUUGAAAUAUAUAGACGACAUAAGAACAAGUUUUAUUUGGACUUACAAAAAGAAGUUGAAUGAUUUAAAUAUUCUAUUUCAUUUUAAGAAAGAUCAAAAAUUUGCCGUUACACAAGAUGAUUUGAUAAACUAUCUGUUAACUAGAGGAUUAAUAAGAGAAAAUGAUGAUGUAUAUGAAAAGAUAGAAAGUAAAAAAAUAAAGCUCACAGAUUUUGGUACUUAUCCUAUAAAAUACACAUUUAUAAAUAAUAUAAGUAUUAAUAUGAGUAUACAUAUAAUUAAAACUGGUUAA